UGUUGUGUUUGGCGGUGCGUUCCAUACCUCGUUGAGAUUGUGUGUGUGUAUAGCAUGCACGCCGUUUCUCUUUCUACCUUUCCUGCCCUACCUGUCCGUGCGUCCAUCCUACCGUUGCGCGAUCGCGAGCAGCGCGCCGCGCAAAGUCGUCUGCUCUUCAGCUGGUUUAGUGUUGCUGCCAUUACUCGCCGGAACGGCACGUUGACGCUACAUUCGCUAAAUUACGCCUCACACAAUCAGAACAACAUAAACAUAAACAUAACUAACGUUGAGUCUUAACCCUCAAAAGUGACUUGUUGGAUUUAAGUGACAAAGUGACUUAAAGAUAGAAAGUGAUUGGACACAACGUGUUAUAUAUUGAUUAAACUAAACACCCUCGUGUUUAUCAGAAAGGGUGUGCGUAAACUAUGAUGCUUCACCGCAUUGAAGACAUGUUUCGUCUGUAGUGUGGUUUGGAGUGCAAUCAAUCCAGAGUCGGAUAUCAUUGGCUUACAGUCAACGUACUUACAACAAUAAAGCAAAAAUGUUGAUGUCUGAUUAUCUCCACCAUCAGUCGUCGAUGGCGAUGCAUCAUCCGUUUCAAUAUGGCGGCGGUGGAUCCAGUAUGUCCGCCAUGUCGGCGAUGUCGGGGAUGUCGGCCAUGUCGUCGGACACGAUGUCCGGCAGCGUUGUCUCUUCAACGAGACAAUCUAAUCGCGUGAGGACUGUGCGACUUGUCAGACCGAAUAUAAGCGCGUUGCCGCCGCCAGGGUUAAGUGGAUGUCGUCAUGGGCCUAAUUUAGGAUUCAGUAUCCGAGGUGGGAGGGAACAUGGUAGGUUUUUCGUCACGCAUAUUGAGCUUGGUUCGGAGGCUCAUAGGCAAGGAUUAAGGGUCGGGGAUCAGAUCGUCCGCAUCAACGGCUUCACCGUCGAAGACGCCGUGCACAAGGAGGUGCUGCAAUUGAUUUCGAAUCACACUCAUCUCGCAUUGAAAGUCCGAAGUGUUGGGAUGAUUCCUGUAAAAGAAAAACGAGGUGAUCCAUUAAGUUGGCAAAUAAUAUCAGACUGUAGUUCGUCGACACGAUCCUCGCCACAAUUAGGCGAGAAGAAUCAUGAUGUCCGCAUCACAAUCCAAGUCGCGCCGCGCUCCAAAUUAGGAUGCGGAAUAUGCAAAGGCCCCGAUUGGAAACCGGGUAUUUUUAUCCAGUUCACCAAGGAGGGUGGGAUUGCACGUGAGGCUGGCCUGCGGCCCGGCGACCAAAUCCUUGCGUGCAAUGGCGUGGAUUUUGGCGAUAUUGCUUUCAACGAAGCGGUGGCGUUGAUGAAGUCUUCGCGGCAGCUGGACCUUGUCGUGCGGAAGUCCGCCGGCUCCGAGCUCUUCCCCGGCGAGUCGUCCGGCUACAACAGCUCGGCGAGUUCAGUGACUGGCGACCAGAGUCCCUCGUGGUCCGAUUCCAAGCGGCUGUCGAUCGUCAAGGAAGAGUCGAUGGACUUGGAGGAUCGUCUCGCGCAUCUACAACGCGCCAACAGCAAGCAGAAGUGGGAGAAGAUCGAAUGGGACGACAUCGAUGCCGAGUGCGAUAGGGGCAACUUCUACAAGCCGACGAUUAUCAAUCUCUCCGAGCACGGCACGACCAUCAAGAAUAAUGGCACCAGCAGCUUCGAGGACUGCAAACCGGAGCCACCGAACCCACCGGACACCAAAACUGUCGUCGUCGAAAUUCAUCGAAGCGAUGAAUCGACAACAAAACCACUUUUACCUAAUCCACCACAUGAAAAAUUAGCUCUAUCGAAAACGCCUUCAAUUAGCAGCUAUACGAGCUCAGCGAGCCGCAGCAGUACGCAAUCUGCAGCCACAAGCCUUUCCAGUGCCAUUUCCCAGGAGCUUUUAAGACGAUCAGAGAAACAAAAGGUUGAUAACACAUUAUCCAUCGACGAGCAGUUGCAAAUGAAGAAAAAUCUUAUGAAGAACGUCGACACGGAAAAACAACAACAGCACCACAAGCUCAUGGAUGAGUUUCGCAAGGCGCACAAGAAGAUGUUCAAGUCUAACGGGCCGGCAGAUAGCGUCGAUGAUAAGCAGGAUCGUACAAAUGGACAUUCCCAAGAUAGCACAGACAGAUUAACCCAGCUAAUAAACAAUUCGAAUGGAGGCAAUGAGAAUAAACCGAAUUGUUUCACUGAUUUGACCAUACAUAAUAAAAAGGAUGCAGCGCCUCCACCACCACCCUUGCCAAUGUCUGGUGCUGCAAAUUCAGGAGGUGCCUUUAAUAUAGUGAAACCGAAACAAAAAGCGCCACCACCGCCGGUACCUGUAAAGACCAGCACGCUUUCAAGUUUUUCAACUUUCCAUCAACCACCCCCUUGCCCAACACCUGAUUACGACACCUUGUCGCUGAAUUCAAACUCAACGCUUCCGCGUUCUCUUCCCAAGAAGCCUGUCAACCGUACGACUAGUCACAAUCCUUCCAACACGCAUCACAAUGACGCCGUAGAAAUGGAAUCGCUCGACUCGUUUGCGAUACACAAUCCAGCGAGUAAUCCGAAACCACCGUCGACUUACUUCCACCCCGAUUCUUUCGACGCCGCCAAGAAACCUCUGAGCAACGUCACAAUCGGUGAAUAUGCUGGUGCAAGUAGAAAAACGCCUGGAAAAUUUGACUUCUUGAACGGAAGCGCCGCAGAUUCCAAUAAGGAACCAAUCAACUCUCAAUUUGCAUCAGAGUUGGCGCAGACGUUGAACCGAUCGAAUUUAAGGCGACGCACUGACUCAAUGGAAAAUCUAUUGAAUCAUUCAACACCUCAAAUCAGGAGUGACGAAACUGGCUCGGUUCGAAUAACAGUGAACAACAACACAAACCGACAGCUCAAUUUGGAUGCACUUUCAAAGGUACUUACAAAUCGUGUCAAAAUUAACGUUGCACCGGAUAUGAAGAAGGUCGACAACAUGGCGGCCGCACCGAAUGGCAUCCUAAAGAAUGCUCAAAACGGCAGUGCCACCGGCAACGGCCAACAGUAAUCAUUGAUGAGCCACUGCAUGUCUCAUGAAUUAUUAACCAGCAAUAACUUAAUCACAAAACUUAAUUAAAACAUGUACUUACCUAAGUUAUAGUAUAGAUAAACUUUAAAAAUGUUUUAGUUAUUCGUCAGUGUGUGUUUUAUUAAUGGAAAGUUUGAUAAAUGUCUUGUACAUAAAUGUUAUAGUCUGUAUUUAAUUCUGUUGUAGUUUUUUCUGUAUUGUCUGCCAAUAGUUUAUGAUUAGAGUUUUGUUAUUGUCCGUAGUCGUACACUAUACUUAUUGUAUUUGUUAAUUUGUUUUAUAGUUUACACUACUAUUUUAUGUAUAUGAAGUGCAUGAGUUUGAUUGUAUAAUAACUUACUGAGAAUAUUUAAUAAUAAUUAAAUGAUUUUAUAAACAUGACUUGUACGUGUUUUGUGAAAAGUAUUUAAUCUACAUUAAAUCUCUACAAUGCUAAUUGACGUAUGCGAAGGACUUCUGUAUAUUAAUUUUAUUUUUAUAAUUUUUGUUGUUACGUUGGUAAUUUUGGCCAACCAGCUACUAACACGGGCGGAAUGUAAAUAUUAUGAAAACGGAUUACAAUUAUGUUUCGCAUCCUGAUAAUAUUUAUUUUAUUUUAAUUUUGUUUGUCUUUUUAUAUUCAUUAGUGAAUGUCGUCAGUUUUGGAUUAUAAAUUUGACGUGUGUGUUUUAAUCCAGGAUUUGCAUUUCUGUACACUUUUUAGUAUAAAUAUGCUAUCAUCCGGCAAUUGGGUAUCAGAGAACCCUUCAAUCUGCAGUAAUGAGAUUCCUUCUUGCACUAGCUGCCAUUUUGGCGUGCGGCCAUGCUUUUGAUCUUAAUCUGGGUGUAGACCUUUCCUUUAGCAGCCAACUUGAUGGCAUGCUGGCUGGCCAAAAUGGUAAAUUCAAAGAGUAUUUUGAAGACUUCAUCGAAGGUAUCCAACUGGCUCGUGACCAUCUAAGCGAGAAUUCUGCCGAGAAAUGCGCCACUUUCGUUAAUGCUACGCGCGCACUAAUCAAUAAGAGCAAACUUUUUGCCGCCGAAGCUAAAACCGUCAUGCUGGCAAAGCUUGAUGAAAUUCAACAAGAAAUGGAAAGUAAUUUCCAAGUAGUCCUAGAUAAGAUGGAAGCUUUCCUGGAUGCUUCGAAAGCAUACUUCACCAAUGUUUGGCAAAGUCUUCAACAGGAAGAAGAUUUACGCAAUGCAGCUAAGAAUAUUGUCGUGUCCACUUGGACCCUUAUCAGCAGUAGUUUUGAAUUUGGCACGAACGUCACAAACGAGAACUUGAACACUGUCAGUUCAAUCUACCACGAAAUUAAACUGCUCAUGUUAUUCUUCAAAGCUUUCUUGGAAGCCGCCGCAAGAGAAAUGGCUUACUCCUUUAUUAAUUAUGUGCUGUCAUGGAUGGAGAACUUCCCUAUAAUGGCGGCUCCAGUUACUGCAGGAUUUGAGGAAGUAAAGAACGCUGUGUUGGGACUUCUGCAGGUUCUUAUUCAGAUUCUGGUAACUGUAUUACAAGCCUUACUUUCUGUGGGAAACGUAGUGCCAGACAUGCCAAAUGUUCCAGAUACCUUACCUAACUUAUCCGACUUCCCAGGUUUACCAUCAGGUUUACCAUCAGGUUUUCCAUCAAUUCCAGGAAUGUCACUUUAAAUUUGGUUAUUUGCAGUUCUUUCAGUUUCAUAAUAAAUUUGAUUUGUUUGAUAUAUUUGAGCCACUUGCCUAAUUUUUGUCCCAAAAAAAUAAUUUUUAGCAAGGCCAAAAUGAAAAAUGAAAUAAAAAUCAAUGGAGUUUGUCGAAGUGAUGAAA